CCAGUCUGCGCAUCGAUGGGAAAGGGAGCAGCAAGGAGACAGCAGUACAUGGGCUGCAUUGAAGUCCUCCGCUCCAUGCGCUCUCUGGAUUUUAACACCCGCACCCAGGUGACCAGGGAAGCCAUCAACCGGCUUCAUGAGGCGGUGCCUGGUGUCCGGGGCUCCUGGAAGAAGAAGGCCCCCAACAAAGCGCUGGCCUCCAUCCUGGGCAAGAGCAACCUGCGCUUUGCGGGCAUGAGCAUCGCUGUGAGCAUCUCCACCGAUGGCCUCAACCUCUCUGUGCCUGCCACACGCCAGAUCAUUGCCAACCACCACAUGCAGUCCAUCUCCUUCGCAUCAGGCGGCGACACGGACAUGAUGGAUUAUGUGGCCUAUGUAGCCAAGGAUCCCAUCAACCAGAGAGCCUGCCACAUCCUGGAGUGCUGUGAGGGCCUCGCCCAGAGCAUCAUCAGCACCGUGGGCCAAGCCUUCGAGCUGCGCUUCAAACAGUACCUGCACAGCCCACCCCGGGUGGUCGUGCCCCCAGAAAGGCUGACCAGGCCAGAGGAGUCGGCCUGGGGGGACGAGGAGGAAACGGAACACAAUUACUACAACAGCAUCCCAGGGAAGGAGCCGCCCCUGGGUGGGCUGGUGGACUCCAGGCUCACCCUAACUCAGCCCUGUGCCCUCGGGGCCCUCGGAGCCCUCGGCCAGGGGGUAUCUCCUGCUCAAAGGGACACGCGCAGCCUGCCGUGGGACCUGGGCCCCUCAGGUACUGGCCCACCAGGGGACGGCUACGUGCAGGCCGACGCCAGGGGCCCCAGAGACUACGAGGACCACCUGUAUGUCAACACACAGGGUCUGGAUGCCCCAGAGGCCCUGCAGCCAGAGGACAGUCCCAAGAAGGAUCUGUUUGACAUGCGACCCUUCGAGGAUGCUCUCAAGCUGCACGAGUGCUCUGCGGGGACGGGCACGGCGGCAGCGCCCCUUCCCUUGGAGGACCAGUGGCCCAGCCCCCCGACCCGCCGGGCCCCCAUAGCCCCCACGGAGGAGCAGCUGCGGCAGGAGCCCUGGUACCACGGCCAGAUGAGCCGAAGGGCGGCGGAGAAGCUGCUUCGAGCCGACGGGGACUUCCUGGUGCGCGACAGCGUCACCAACCCUGGGCAGUACGUCCUCACGGGCAUGCACGCGGGGCAGCCCAAGCACCUGCUGCUCGUGGACCCCGAGGGCGUGCAGGACUCUCCAGCAAGCUCCCGGUGGUGCUCACACAGGCCUCUGGCCCUGCAGGUGCGGACCAAGGAUGUGCUCUUUGAGAGCAUCAGCCAUCUGAUCGACUACCACCUGCAGAACGGGCAGCCCAUCGUGGCUGCCGAAAGCGAGCUGCAUCUGCGUGGUGUGGUCAAACGUGAGCCCUGAGCCAGGUGAUGGUUCUCAGCUCCCGCUCCUGUCCUGCGCUGCAGAUGCUCCCUGUUGUGGCCUUAUGGGCUCCUCAGCUUCUCUCUGGACCCUGGUCAGGCUGGAGCUGCCGCUGUCUCUCCUUCCUCCAGCCUCUAGAUCUUCCUUCUCCAGCCGGCCCUGGGCUGGGCCAGCGAGGCCAAGAGAUGGGGGCCCAAGACCCUUUAAUCCCACCGACCCCUGCCUGCCUCCACCCUCUGCCUGGGGUGAGGGUGUCCAUACCAAAGACAGAACUUUUCUCACCUUUAAAGAAAAUAUCUUACAGAAACCCAGUCCUCUCUCUCCGAGCCCUGGCCAGGGUCGCCGCCAGGUUCAGGAGGCACCAUCUCUCUCCCCAGAGGGACUUCAGCUCACCUCCCUGGAAAGAUGGAUUCCUGUCCUUGACAGCUCAGUUUCUCCACCUGAAAAAUCAGUGCACAGUUGUCUUUUAUGGGGAAGAAUUGAGGUGUUUGGGGUCCUCAGGCCAGGACACCUGUGAAUGUUGAAGUGUGGGGGGCACCUCAGGGCUCAGCUGGGACAGUGGGGGGCAUCCAGGCAGCAGCCGGACAACCCGCCCUGGUGGGGGGUGGUCAUGAGGGCCCUGCCCUCCCAGCUGUCCACCUGUACUGGACAUUUGGGGUCUGUUUGUAAUUACACGUGGGGAUGAUGGUGAGGAAGUCAGCCUACCUGACACUGAGGGGCCCUUGGGUUGGGAGGCCAAGGCCAGUCUCCCAGGUGGAAAGCCAAGGCACACGUGUGUCCUCCUGCAGCUGGAGGGUGUGGGGGAUGGAGAGGAGGGUGCAGGCCUGGAGAUGUGUCCCUGUGGGGGAGCACUGUCCCAGAACCCCCAGCACCACCCUCACACUUCUAUUUCCACCCCCAGAUAGAGCACCCCACUCCUCUAUGAGACACAGCCCUGUCCUCUCCUGGGAAACACCAUAGCUUAUCUCCUAUAUGCUGUAGACCCAUGUCUUUCAGGAUGCCCCGAAUAUCUGGCAAACUGUUCUUCAUUUCUCCUCUUGACUGCUCCUAACUUAGCCCUGAAUGUGGCCUGACAUUCUCAGGUGUCCCCACUCCUGACCCCCUAGGAGCUCCUGCUUAUCCCCGAUGCCUCUCCAGACCUUCCCUCCCAGAGACCUCAUCUCUCCCUGGGACCCCUCCUCUGACUAUCCUGAAGAGGCCUUCCUGACCCUCACCACACCCUGCCAGGGCCACACCUGUGCCUAGGGUCUGGCUCAUCAGCAGGCCCCACCCCCAUGCUCUGGGGGAGCCUGGUGAGGGUAUGGGGAGCAACGGCCACUCUGUCUGUAACUGGGAGGGGGGCAGGGAGAAGCUAUCAAAUGGCAGAGCCAGAGGGGACUCUGAUGCCUUGUUUCUUACUUUAGAGGGGCCAGUCUGUCCAUCCAUCCAUCCACCCAUCAUCUACUCACCCAUCCAUCCAUUAUUCAUUCCAUUCAUUGGUCCAUCCACCUGUCCCCCGAUCCUGGUAUCCUUUAGUAUGCCUGCGUUGGGCUCCCCUUAUCUGCCAGGACCUCUGGUGGGUAACGAGGAUGCAGCAGUAACCAAGACUGAUCUGUCCUCAUGGAGUCGAUAGUCGAGUGACAUCAAGCAGCAAAUCACCACUAAGUGUGUAAUGACAAUGUGAACUUAGCCCAGGAAAUCCAGGAGGGUGGGAAUGACACAGGGGAUAUGGUCUGGAGGAUGAGAGCCCCAGGGGAAGAAGACAGAGUGCUAGGCAGGAGUGAUAGCAUGUGCAAAGGCUCUGUGGUGUGUGGCUUGCAGCGCAUUCAGAGACCAGAAGGAUGACCUGUGUGGCUGGUGGUGAGAUCAGAGGGGUGGUGGAGUGGAGGACACGGCUGGGGGGAAGCUUGGAGCCAGGGAGAGCUGCUGGGGAGCUUUGAAGCACAGAGAUGAUAGGAUUCCCAAGUGGGAAGUACACUGUUGGGGACAGGAGAGGAAUGGGGGGCAGUUGGGAGAAUUCACUAGGUUCUGGACUAGGGGAAUCUCCAAAAGUAUCCGAUUUCAGAGACUUGUAGGCUAGAGAGGGGUCCUAAUGCACUUUGUUCAUUCAUUCGUUCCCCUGUGUCCUCCUUCAAAGCCUCUAUGUAUCUAGGACACCUGCUGAAGCAUGUGCUAAGAACAGCACCAGCUGUGGGUGCUCAGAUUCUCCCCACUUUACAGAAGGGGGAGCAGAGGCUCAGAGGGUGAGGUGGCAGAGCUGGGAUUCCCACCCCAUCACCUCCCCUGUCCUGCUCUCUGAGCCGGGAACGCCAGGUCUGGGGUGCCCAUGCAGUGAGGGGGGCUGCGAGCCUGGCUGCCGCUGGUCCCCCACACUUUUCUCCUGCCCCCAUCUACCCUCAAUUAUUUGGUCGGCAAAUGCUCCUUGGGCCGGCCUUGUCCUCAGGGAGCCUUGGGGUGGGAGGCAGGCACCAUGCAGCCUGGACUGCUUGCUUCCCUUCCCUGAAUUGGGCUACUCCCCUGUGCCUCAGUUUCCCUGUCUGUAAACUGGGGAUUGUGGCCCUCCUCCACAGUGGGUUAACCUGUGCCUUGUUGGGCCGAGGUCUCUCCAGGGAGCUUUGGACAGGCCUUCCCAUAGCUCUUCCAGGGGAGGAGACAGAGCUCAGAUGAGAAGCUGUUGGCCAGAACUGCAUGGGUAUAAGGAGGCUUCUCAGGACUGGAGCUUUUUUCUUUGAGCUUCCUCAAGGACCUGUCUGUGGGUGGCUGCAGGGGGCAGUCUGGCUCCUGGCAAGCCCCCUGUCCCUCCUCUCUCCCACAAGCUUAGGUCCCUGGGGGGUGGGAGUUGAGGACCAAGGCCUUGCAGCAUGAGGUGGUGUGACUCAGGGUGGGAGGGGCUGGUUAAUACCACCUGGGCCCCUUUGCCAGCCUCCGCAUCUCUGAUCUCAGGAAGGCUGCAGCCUGGGGUGUGGGGGGAGUCCUGGGGAUCUGCCACACCACACCAAUCAGCCUCAGGGCUCUGCAGAGGAAGUAGGUUUUGUUGACUGGAAGAGGUUCCUGUUUAGGGACCACAAGGCUAACUAACCAGCUGGAAGGGCCCGCCUCCUGGACCCCGCCCCUCCGAAGGCAGAUGUUUGGGACCUAUCCCCAGGUUCCUUGUCUCUCUGGGCCUCGGUUUCCCCAGCCCCCGAAGGUGAUGGGGUGGGGGCCACGGGGAGGGGCUUCAGCCGAGCUGGCUUUGGUGGGGAUCAGGUUCUGGCGUCCCUUUCGAGGCCGGGCCAGCCCCCUUUCUCACCAGUAGCAGCGUCCAAGAAAUGAUGACCAGCGCUCCCAUCACAGUGUUCUAGGCCCUGUUGUCAGCCCUCUGCGUGUCCUCACCGGUUCAGCCUCACCUGAGGCCGUGGUACAGGGACAAUCUUUAUGCCUGCAAAUUGCCCCGGGGACAGAGGCAGAGGUCUGGGCACCUGCCAGCAAUCACACCACAGGAAGCAUCGGUGUCAGGCUUCCAGCCCCAACAGAGCACCUCCAGAUGACAGUCCCCAGUUGCUCAGCACGGGAAUCGGCACAGAACAAGCUCAAGACCUCCUCCCUCAACCCAACUGGGAGGAGACCCUGCCCCAACAGGGUAAGGGGGAAUGGGCAGUGAAGCCCCCAGCACCCAGGCCGGCUUAUCAUCAGAAAACCCCCAGAGACCUGACUCAGUCACUUCCCCUUUGUGAGCACCACUCUCCCUAUCCAUGCGAUGGAGGAAGGUGGCUUGUGGCCUCCGAGUUCCCCCCUCCCGCCCGCUGCAAGAUCGAGCGCUAUUCUAGGACUCAUGCUUUUUACUGUGGUCCUAGUUCAUCCAUUUGUCUGGCAGGUAUUUAUUAAAGUGUCCCCCCAGUGUCUUGGGGUCACAGCAGGGAUAAGGCUGCCUUCCUGCCUUCCUCCCAGCAGCUCCAGGCCCGACAGGGGCAGUGGACAUCAACCAAAUACUUGCUCUGGGGCAUUCUUCACCAUAGCUAAAGUUGGGGUUCAGUGGGUACGGUUAGGCUGUGAUGACCGGCCAGCCCAGGCUGGCUGGCAGGGCAGGCUUCUUGGAGUUAGAGGUGAACUGAAGCAUUCAUUGGCAUCUGCCUCCCCUGUUGGACUUUGUGGCCAUGCCAGUGUUCUGCCCAGGACAAAAAGGGGCUCAGUGUUUGCUAAGAGAGCAAAGCUGAGACAGACCUUUUGGGGGAGUCAUGGACCUCUCAGAGCCUUGCUUUCCGCAUCUGGACAAGGAACUCCAAACCCCACCUCACUCCAAGGGAGUUCUGUCCCGCUCCCACCUGCCCCUCUGCACCCCUUCUGCUGAUGACCCAGUGGUCACUGCAGACCAGCCCCCAUCCUAGCUGGGGCCGCAAUGAGGAACACAGGAGGCUCCCGGACAAUCAUAAUUUAAUAAAGUCCAGGCUUUGGGUUAGUCCUGGCAAUCCACUAACUUGCUGGCUUCUCACAGACCAAGAACGGACCCAGGACUGGUUGGCCUUAGGGUCCAGAAGGGGACAUGGAGGCUGAGAGGGAGGGCAAGGGGUGAGGAAGCAGAAGUUGAGGCAGGCAGCGUUCAAGGCAAGAGCAGGCGGCAUCCAGGGGACCCUGUGGUUUCAGGAGCUGCCAGGCCUGGGGCUGCGGCCUGGUCCUGCCCGUCAUCAGUCUCUGAACUGUGAACAGCAUGGUGGGGGUGCUCGCCCCUCUCCCCUCGGAUCGCGUUUUCCUGCUACACGUUUGUCACGGGAGCUACAAACCGACACUUACAAUGUAUCUGUGUACCUGUCCACUGGCGUCCCUGGCACUGGGAAUCAUCAGAAGGCUGGACGCGGCGUCCACCAGCUGCUCAAUAAACAUCUGUUCUCGAAA